GGACCCACAAAUUUCGGCAACUAAGGCGUGGCCAAAAUUUUGCAGGUCAAGCUUAUCUCGCUAGGUGACUUUCUUCAACACAACCACUGAUACAAACAUGGCGGCGCCCACGUUUUUCUCAGCAAUCGUAAGGACACGAAGAUGUCCUCAUUUCCAGGGUCUCCAGGCCGUGCUCCGCCCACAUAUCCCAGCAGCCCCCACCACGUGCAUGGUGGUCCGCACCAAGAAGCGGAUGUUCAUCCCGAAACAGGCGCGGCGCGAGAAACAGUUCCAGGAGGACCCGGUCGCAGCCAUGAAGUCGCAAGGGAUCAUCCCUGACGAGAAACUGGACAGACAAGUCAACAUCUCCUGCACACCGGAAGUGAUGGAUCCCUACAUCCCACCUGAAGGAGACGGCAGGCAGUCGGUCCUGUCGAAGGAAGGAGCUGUACAGCGUCUUAGUUCUGCCAAGGCUCUCGCCACCUCCCAACUCAGCAUCAGGAAAAUUAAGGAGUUUGACAAGGAGUUCAGCACUAAGACAUUCGCAGGGACUGCUCAAGAGAUCUACAAAGAAGCAAACAACUGUUUAGCUAAUUUCAACACCAGAAACAGACAUCGCCUGCAUCAGCUGGUCACAGAGAAGUGCUACCCUGACAUGGUACGGGGUUUUAAGUUCCGAACCAUCCGCUGGACGUUCCAGGAGUCCGUGGAGCCCCCAAAGGUCGUCCAUGUACGCCACAACGACCUCAUCUCCAAGGGCAACGUGUACGGGCAGGUCACGGUCAGGAUGCACACCAGACAGACGUUGGCCAUCUACGACAGGUUUGGUCGGCUGGAGUUUGGAGACGAGAAUCUGGUGAAGGACGUCCUAGAGUACGUCGUGUUUGAGCGCCACCUGGUCAACCCCUACAGCUCGUGGCGCAUGCACACCAAGAUUGUCCCAUCGUGGGCUCCUCCUAAGGAACCUGUCAUUAGGACCAUGUUCAUCCCUAAGAGUCAGAAGAACCCGUGGGACCGUGCCUGGGACAGUGAGGAUCCAGUACCUACGCCUAGCGAAGAAGCUGUUCGGAAAUUCGAGGAACUGAAUGAAGAACUGAACAGGAAAACUGGCUACAACUACGCGCCGACCGAACCAAAGGAAACAAAGGAAGUCACAACGACAACAUGAAGAGUGAAAGUUGUUUCAGCUCCGUGUAAACAGAAGUUUAUUGUACAGAGUUCAAUCCACAUAUAGUUGCCAAUAAAACAAAACGAAGUAUUGAAUCACAGUCAGAGUUGUGGAGUUAAUUCUCAUUUCCUGAACUGCAAGUAUGCAAUAUCAUAUUUGACUUUACUUUAUCUAAAAGUAGUAAAAUGUAACCACAAGUCCAGACAAAAAGUAAUAUUGUGAGCAAAUUUGUAUAGUGUUGCAAGUUUAAAUUUUCUAAAUGGCAGUAAUGGUAUGCAAAAUAUCAGAUGGCCCUGUACAACCUGGAAUAUUGGCAUUUUUUUAGGCUGUGUUCUGGCUAGACAAAAUAAAGGCUUUUCAUAUGUUUCUUUGUCAAUAAAAAAUAGCUGCAUA